GAGACGGUGCUGCCGAUAUUGCGCAAUUUACGCAGAGCGAGUGUGGCUGUGGUAGUGUAAUCCAAAUGCUGCUGUUGCUGCUGCUAAAUCUAAUCAUCAUCAUCACCACCACCACCAACCAGCAGCAUCAUCAUUGCCGUAAUUAUCAUCAGCGACUUUAUCAUUAGGACGCUGGUUAAUCAGCCAUCGUCAUCAUCACCACCACCACCACCGCAAACGGCACCGUGAUCACAACCAUCGGUUUUGUAUUCGCGCGAGCGGCACUGUUAACGAGCUCGAAUUUGUUCAAUGCCAUUCGAGUCAACGCGAUUGCAAGAGAUUCUCAAGACGGGGUCAAGUCAGCCCGCGCUGCUCUUUGCCGGGAGAUCACGGGCGCGGAGAGCAUCAAGGGACAAGGCUGCGAGCGAUAAGGGCAAAGCGGAAGCCUUGACUACCCAUCUUCGCUGGCACCAGCCCUCUCCUCUCCUCCUCUCAGCGGUCCCCCCGUGUCCUCUCCACGUCGUGGUGGCCGGGAGAACUUCGGAACUUCUGAUCGACGCGGCCUCUUGAUCCGCCCGCUUUGCAACCAGCGUCGGAGUGUGGGUUUCGGCCGGGUCCGGGGAGUGCAACUCAUGAAAUUCUAAAAGUGUGGCGGGGUUGUCGGAAUGAGGAGCGAGGGAGGCAUGCUGGGCAUGCUGCUGUGUGGGACCGCCUUGCUUGCGACGUCGUGUGGAAUGAGUCGUCAGCGUUCCCUGGCCGAGGACCGUCUGUUUCGGGUGCUGUUCACGGGCUACAGCCGCUGGUCGCGACCCGUGCCCAACAUCACCGACAUCGUGAGCAUCACCUUUGGCCUGUCCAUCGCUCAGCUCAUCGAUGUGGAUGAAAAGAAUCAGAUGAUGACCACAAACGUGUGGUUAAAACAGGAAUGGGAUGACUACAAGCUCCAGUGGAACCCCGCCGAUUACGAAAACGUCACGUCCAUCCGCGUGCCCUCCGAGCUCAUAUGGGUCCCCGACAUCGUCCUCUACAACAACGCGGACGGCGACUUCGCCGUGACCCACAUGACCAAGGCGCACCUCUUUCACACGGGCCGCGUGCGCUGGAAGCCGCCCGCCAUCUACAAGAGCUCCUGCAGCAUCGACGUCACCUUCUUCCCGUUCGACCAGCAGAACUGCACCAUGAAGUUCGGCUCGUGGACCUACGACAAGGCCAAGAUCGACCUCGUGAGCAUGGCCAGGGACGUGGACCUCAAGGACUACUGGGAGAGCGGCGAGUGGGCCAUCGUGCACGCCGUGGGCACGUACAACACCAAGAAGUACGACUGCUGCCCGCAGAUCUACCCCGACAUCACCUACUCGUUCAUCAUCCGCCGCCUGCCGCUCUUCUACACCAUCAACCUCAUCAUCCCGUGCCUGCUCAUCUCGUGCCUCACCGUGCUCGUCUUCUACCUGCCCUCGGACUGCGGCGAGAAGAUCACCCUGUGCAUCUCCGUGCUGCUGUCGCUCACCGUCUUCCUGCUGCUCAUCACCGAGAUCAUCCCGUCGACGUCGCUCGUCAUCCCGCUCAUCGGCGAGUACCUCCUCUUCACCAUGAUCUUCGUGACGCUCUCCAUCGUCAUCACGGUGUUCGUGCUCAACGUGCACCACCGCUCGCCGGCGACGCACGGCAUGCCGCGCUGGGUGCGUCGCGUCUUCCUCGACCGCGUGCCGCGUUGGCUCGUCAUGCGCCGCCCUCCCCUUCAGCAGCGGCGCGCCGAGCUCCUCCUGGCCCGCACCGCGCGCCCGCCGUGCGCACUCGGCGGGCAGCGCAACCACCACAAGGCGCGUCACCAUCACCAGCACUACCAAGAGCAACAGCAGCAUCACCUCCAGCAUCAACCGCACCACCACUUCCUCCUGCCGGAGCAGCUGAGCGUCUUCCACGACGAGCGUCCGCCGCCCCGCGGGAACGAUGCGGGCUGCCCCCCGCCGCUCCCCCGCUGCUGCGCGUGCCCGGGCGUCGAGGCCACUGCCGUGACCACGUGGGGCACGAGCCACGGCGACGGCGAGUGGCUGCACGAGCGCGAGCGGCAGCGCCACGUGGCGCAGGAGCUCGAGGCGCGUCUGGAGCACGGCGGUGGCUGCUGGGCCGUGCCGGUGGGCGCGGGGCCCGGGGCGACGCCGUGCGAGCUGGGCACGCGCGAUGCCGGCAAGCCAGAGCCACCGUGGCCGGGCGGGUGCGCGUGCCGCUGCGCGUGCGGGGAACAGCAGCAGCAUACGCAGCAGGAUGAGAAGGAGGAGGUGGAGGAGGUGGAAGAGGAGGAGGUGGAGGAGCAGGAGGAGGAAGAGGCCGCGGCUUCUUCACAGCCGCCGCCGUUAGCGCGGCCACUGCGGCCACCGCGACCUCCCCGGCCGAUUGGUGCUGGCGGUGCAGGGGGUGCAGUACAUCGCCAACCACCUGCGCGCCGAGGACGCGCACCUCUCGGUGAAGGAAGACUGGAAGUACGUGGCCAUGGUGAUCGACCGCAUCUUCCUCUGGGUCUUCGUCGUCGUGUGUCUGCUGGGCACGGUGGGGCUCUUUCUUCCACCGUGGCUCGCCGGCAUGAUAUAACCUCCUCCCGUCUCAGCUCUCUCCUCGUCGUCCUCCGCCUCCGCCUCUACCUCGUCGCGUUUGGACGAUGAUAGGUUGAGCAAUGGAGAGGCGCGCGCCGGAGUCUCUUUACCGGAAGACCCAAAGAAUGUGAAGAAAAGGCCCCAAUCUGUGGGUGUGUGUGUUGGUGGGUGAACACCCCUCCCAAAGAGGAACUGGGGACUCCGAAGAUCGUAGCUUAACACCGUGGCCACCAACAUCAAUCAAUCGACCGAUCGUUCACGGUCAUCUUCAAGCAGGUGGGAGACGCAUGAAUUCGUUGUGAAAUGCAGAAUUUGGACAAUUGAAGUAACGGGGAGUUUUACGUACGGCGGAAUGUUUUCGUGUAACUCCGCGGUUUAAAGAUUCCCUUGUAAUUGUUAAAAGUCUGUAGGGGAUUUUUGUGUGCAAGGUUAGUCCACGGACUAUUUGAGUGAGCUAUUUACCUGUAAUUGACUUUUUUCAUAUACAGCAGGAUGCAAUUAGCUACGGGAAAUAUAUUUACAGCACUUGGUGUGCACCGCUAUGCACCAGCCAUGGACUCAACUCUCAUCCCUUUCACCAACCCACACUGUGCAGCGAUCAGACGUGUGCUUCAACGACCCCCCCCCCCAUGACUGAAGCGGUUUGGGGAGGCCUUCAUCCAGCAGUGGAGUGACAAAGGGCAGUCAAUUAUACGUCGUUAUGACUUUUCGCAUCGUUACCACGCUGUUAUAUUGCAGCAAAUGGUCAAGUGAGGAUCUUUGUACUCACUCACGCUUUCAAGAAUGUAAAGGGAGCAGCAGCCACGGAAUGGAACGCAUCCGAGAGUGUGUCACGUCCACAGCGGAGAUGGAGCAAUUAAAUCAGACUGUUUAGCUGUGGAAGGGAAGGCAUUCUCGAUGGUACAAUUUUCUGGCCUCAUGGCAUAGAAGCGUUUAAUUCCCCACCUUGGCUGGCACAUCUCUUAAAGUGUGGCCUCACAAUUAGGGCACUUUUGCAUUCGAGUUCGGGUCGUGGUGGAUUUCCCUCCGCCUGAUCGGCACGCUUGGCUACGUACGGUGCGAAAGAAGUCCAACAUGCUUCUGACUGUGUUCGCCGAUAGCUCAGCAUGAGACGUCGCGGCGCCGUCUGUGAGUGACACUUUGGCGUGUUUUAAACACAGAGAUGCACUAACGACAGUGAAUGUCGGGGCCUGCUCUGCGGUUAACGUGUGCUUGCAACCAGCGCUCAAUUUCUCACUCGAUAUGUAUACACACAAAUAUAUUCUGGAACGCUGCUCGGAUGGCGUGAAGUGGAGCUGAUCGGGGCAAGGCGCUAACCACCAGAGUACAAGCUACAGCAUGAAGUCAUUCCUUUUGAACUGCUUUUUUAGUGUUUAGUCUGUUGUCGUUCCCUCCGCACCUCUGAUUAGCGCAGUUGGCUGACGUACGGUGCGAAAGAAGUUCAACCGUACGUACAGAGUCAUCCAUAGUAAUCCCCGACAAUGCUACGCUAUUGCACCCUAUAUUCCGAUUAUCUGGUUGUGGGACCCCCUGUUGUUUGACAAGACGGAUGUCGCGUGCCAAAUAUUAUUUAGCGAACAGCGUGUUCUGGACUGUUAUUAAGCACCGGUUGUAACCGUGAACAACACGUGAUACACCAGCAGAGCCAAACAAUAUAUCUCUUUGUAUGCCGUUCUAUUAAUACGGCUACUUCUUGAUUUUGUGAUUACAAAUGUUUUGGGUUUUCAACAGCGAUAUACUUUUGUCCACGUUUUCUUGGGUCUAACGCCCUCCCCCCAUGAUGUUUUCACUCUAUCAUUGGCAAACGUGGCUUCGACAAUCCAUGUCCUUGGCACGGUGGCGAAAACGAUCACCCAGCGGGCCAACCACCACGCAUUGUAAUAUAACAUCAUCCAAUUAAUGUUACGCUAAUGCGAAUACCCCAUUAAGCUCAUGCGAAAUGGCGAUGAUCUGAUCAAUGUGAAGAUUUAAUAACGGCAUUAGCCAUUUAGAAAGUCACCCUAAUUUCAUUCACAAUGAAAAACUCCCUACUUAGAAUUUACGCCCUGUUAAACACAGUUUAAUAGCACGCUUUUUGCUAAAUAACAACUUCUGUCCCGCAUUACCAAUAACGUUCAACCAAUUCUUGGCUUGUUGGCAGUCUAACCUAAGCAGGGUGCACGCAAGGUAAUCCCCUACAACAGAACAUCAGUUGCAGGUUACUCGUUGGCGUGCAACUGUGCGGACGUCUGCAACCGAUUGCGGGCCGUGGUGCAACCGCAUUGCUCAAAGUGGACCGCGGACUCAAAUUUUCGUGCAUCGAUCUGCUCGUCGAUUCGCAGCGACGUAUUUCGACACCGCGUUUGACGCGUUUUUGCCAACCUGCGAUUGAUUGCCCGCAAUCCCACCCCGUACCGCGAGAACUUGGCAGGACCCUCCUGAAAAAGAGAGUCAUGAGCCUCGGCGAGGGUUUGCUGGGUGAAAUAAGUCUAAUAUUAAUAAUAAAGUUUAACAUGUAGGCUUUCGAGACCAAUAUCAUCCAUAAUGCAGUUUUGUUUUGGGUUAGAUCGCGUAAAUAUAUAAAUGUUUUGUUAUUAAACCCGCCACCAUCCGACACAACCAAUUAGUGAGGUUUGUCAUGUAAAACAGAACAUGCCAAUUCGUUACUCGUACAGCGCACCGGUGUGUUGGAGAGCAAAGCAACAACAUUUAGAAUGUGAGUACGACGUUGGUUGUGGUGAGUUUAACGACGCAUUUCGAUUUAAAGCUUUCGUGACUGCAGGGAUUCAUCUUCUUGGUUCUUUCGGUAAAGUCACGUAGAAGGGAAGUAAUAAAAUAAUAAAAUUAAAACAUCAUAAAAUAAUUCUCACGACGUUUCGGCCACAACGCAAGCAGCCGUCCUCAGGUGAAGACCAGGUCUGUCGGGGAGACAGCGUCUGAAUGAGUUUGUAUUAUUGUAUUACUUCCCUUCUACGUGACUUUACCGAAAGAACCAAGAACAUUUAACGACACAUUUAUAUAUUUACGCAAUCUAAUAAAAACCUGUAUUACGAAUAAUAAUACCGGCACUUCUCAGAACGCCAAGCACAUGUGUGCCACCGCUUCCCAGAACGGUUCCUACUUCUGCUGCACCGCGAUGUUUCCGAAGAGGAGAAGCGGUUAGUUUCACAGCGGGACUUCCAAUUUUCCACUUUGACUGCUGGAGGUCGGAGUGCUGAGCCACUAUCAUCGCGGAGAUCCCGGGAUUGGA